AUGAUACGUACUGCAAAAGUUAGUGGUUGGUUACUGCCUUUAUUUCUCUUGGUGGUUACUACACAAAGGGGAACAUCGCAGGAAAUAGAUUUCAGUGAUCCAUAUAGAUGUCAGCGUAUAUGUACUCCAGAGAAAUGUCAGUGUAUCGGAAGGAAAGGAGUUGAGGGACCUCCGGGACCUAUCGGUGCACCUGGUGAAAAUGGCUUAUUUGGUGAACGUGGACCUCCAGGUAAUCCUGGUACAAAAGGUGAAAAAGGUAACACUGGACAACUUGGAAGACAAGGAUUUAAAGGUGAACGUGGCUCACAAGGACCUCCUGGUUAUCCUGGUCAGCAUGGAUUUGAUGGCUAUCCUGGUUUCAUGGGUGCCAAAGGAGAUAAAGGGGAUGCUGGUUGUUACGGUGAUCCCGGAGAAAACGGACUACCUGGGGAUUCCGGAAGACCAGGAGUUAAAGGGCUACCUGGACUUCCUGGUGCUAAAGGUCCUAAGGGGCCUUCAGGCUGGAGCGAAACAGGCUUGCGAGGAUUCCCUGGAGAACGUGGAAAUAUUGGCCCAAUGGGAGAUUACGGUCUACCGGGUCAACCUGGUCCAGCAGGCGACGCCGGAAAUCGUGGUAUAAUGGGUUUGAAAGGAUUUAAGGGUAUUCGAGGUCCAACAGGCUUAAAAGGGCGUCCUGCAGCACCUAUCACGAUUGAAGGUCAGAAAGGUGAUAAAGGUCAGCGUGGUCCACGUGGUAGAGAUGGUUAUCCUUGUACACUGGAUAUACAUGCUCAAAUUGGACCACAAGGUCCCCAAGGUCCUGUUGGUUUCAAAGGUGAUAAAGGCGACCGUGGACUGAUAGGUGACUUUGGUGAAGCAGGCUUUGAUGGACCUCCUGGAGUCCCUGGAGAAAAGGGUCUUCCUGGUCGUCAUGGUGAUAGAGGUCGACCAGGAGAUACGGGCUUUCCAGGAUCACAAGGAGAACCAGGUAAACGAGGUCUAGAUGGUGAACCUGGUCGAAUAGGUGAAUGGGGUCCAAAAGGCGAUACAGGGCCACCUGGAGUCGAUGGUGAACGUGGUCCUAGAGGUCUAAAAGGCAAACCAGGGGGUUAUGUACACUGUGCAGGACCGAAAGGAAUUAAGGGUUUACCAGGAUUUUCUGGAAUUAAAGGGAUUUCUGGAGAACCUGGUAGAGAGGGUCCUCUUGGUAUAGAUGGAGAUAAAGGUGAUACGGGAGUUAAAGGAGAACUUGGUCGUCCAGGUCGAGGGUGUGUUGAUGGUCAACCAGGUCUGCCAGGACCCAAAGGAAAUAUGGGGAGUCCUGGUAUCCGAGGUCCAGUGGGAAAUCCCGGUUUACCUGGAAGCAUUGGAUUACGUGGGCAGCCUGGUACGGUAAUUGAUAGUGCACUACCAGGACCAAGUGGAAAUCCUGGACCUCCGGGUUCAUUUGGUGUGAAAGGUAUUCCUGGUGAUUCUGGAGAUCCUGGAGAAAAAGGUUUCCCUGGAACAGGAGAACAAGGACCUGUGGGUCCUCGUGGACCACCUGGAGAUCCUGGUUUGGUGGGUAGGCCUGGAAGUGCUGGUCGUCCUGGUUUUAGAGGUCCAAAAGGUAUAAGCGUAGCAGUUUGUCCAUUCUGCGAAGAUGGCGAAAUGGGACGUCCAGGAGAUGGUGGUGAAGUCGGUGAAAGCGGUUUACCUGGUAGGCCAGGAGCAGAUGGUCCGGAUGGAGAACUUGGAGAUAUUGGUGAUCCAGGUCGCCCAGGUUUACCCGGUCCUCCAGGCAAAAAGGGUGUUUCAGGGUUUCCAGGUCCAAUAGGCUUUAAAGGAGAUCACGGUGAACCUGGUGUUAUAAGAAUUACAAAUCAGCAAGUAUUGCCAGGUGACCCAGGUAACAGUGGUUUUCCAGGUGCGAAAGGAGAAGCAGGUGACCUUGGUGAUCCUGGUUCCUUUGGUCUUCAUGGUGAUAUUGGACCCAAAGGCCGUAUGGGUCUUCCAGGCAUUCCAGGUGUACCAGGACCUGAAGGUGAUCCUGGUGAUAUAGGCCUUCCAGGUGACCCUGGACUUGAUGGUAGAGCGUUUAUCGGUGAGACUGGAGAUCCUGGAGAACCUGGUUAUCCUGGACUUCGUGGCUCUAAAGGUGCAUCUGGAACUAAAGGGUAUUGUGGAAUAAUUCGUCCUCAAAUAACCAAGGGCAUUGAAGGUGAUCGUGGUUUUCCUGGAGAUCCUGGACCACCAGGUGAACAGGGAUCCCAAGGAAGAAGUGGACUGAAAGGUACCACUGGUCUACCUGGAGUUCGAGGUGUUCCUGGUGAUGAUGGUCGUUCAGGAUUAUUUGGUGCUAAGGGUGAAAGAGGUUUUCCUGGGCCAGUUGGAAGACCUGGUUUUCCUGGUUCAAUCGGUCUUCGGGGAAACGAUGGUUCAAGGGGGGAACCUGGAUUCCAGGGGCCUCCAGGUCCUAAAGGUUUGAAAGGCUUAACCGGUGAACAAGGAGAUUUUGGCAGAACUUCAUAUGUAACCAAAGGCGAAAAAGGUACUCCAGGUAUUCCUGGACCGAUUGGCUUACCAGGAAAUGCUGGAAUACCAGGAAUUAAAGGAUUCCCUGGAAGAGCAGGUUCAAGAGGAGUGGAUGGGUCAUAUGGUCCAAAAGGAUAUCCAGGAUCAAAAGGCUUUAGAGGUCCUAAAGGCUUACCUAGCAUUCGUGCAGAAAUCGGUGGGAUCGGCAUUAAAGGAAGGCCUGGUUUACCUGGAUCUUAUGGUCCGAAAGGAACACGUGGACAACCAGGAGUUUGUGAUAUCAAGGGUUUAUCUGGGGAUCCUGGUUCAGUUGGCCGUACAGGUCGUAGAGGACAACCAGGAAUUCCAGGUACCCCUGGUGAACCUGGUGAAAUGGGAUUUGAAGGACCAGUUGGAAGACCUGGACCAAAAGGUGAACGAGGUUUUAGUGGAUUGCCUGGAAGGAGUGGAAUCCGUGGAUCAAAAGGACGAAGUGGAUGGGCAGGAUCACUUGGACCAAAAGGAAGUGCUGGAAGAAUAGGUCAACCUGGAAAUCCUGGUUUGCAAGGAAGACCAGGUCCUAUCGGGAGGUCAGGACCUAGAGGUUCACCCGGAAUAUCUGCAAGACUGGUUCCCGGUAUUACGGGUGAAAGGGGACCAAUGGGAAUCCAAGGUUUGCGCGGAGAAAAAGGUAUUCGUGGAAUUGAUGGGGAUUCAGGAAGACCAGGAUUUCCUGGCAUACCGGGUGCAAAAGGUGAACGAGGUUUUCCUGGAAGAAUAGGACUCAAGGGUGAAACGGGUCCUUCAGGAUUCCCAGGAAUUGAUGGACUUUCCGGUAGUCCUGGAACCAAAGGCAGAAGUGGUUCUCAAGGCGCAAGCGGAGAUCGAGGAGCAAAGGGUGAACGGGGAUUAGUUGGUGAUCCUGGACCACCCUCACCGCUAAUAAAUGGCAGACCAGGAAGAAAAGGUUCUACAGGAGUUCCUGGGUUGUUUGGUCUACCUGGUUCUAUAGGAGAUAAAGGCUUCUCAGGAGCUCCUGGUCAGCCAGGAGAUGAUGGUCUCCCGGGACCAUGGGGAGCGCCUGGCAGUCCUGGCUUCAAAGGACUACCCGGUGAUCCUGGCUUGCCAAGCCGUUAUGGCAGACCAGGUGAGCCAGGAGAUCGUGGUGAUUUCGGUCGUCCUGGUUUCCAAGGUCCACUUGGUCUAAAGGGAUGGCUUGGAGAAAAAGGAGACAUAGGCUUAACACCACUUUGUGCUGCCGGACAACCUGGAAGACGUGGAAGGCCAGGUGAAGUUGGUCUUCCAGGACCAGAUGGAGAGAAAGGAAAUAGAGGUCCAUCUGGACAACCGGGACCUAAAGGUCAACGUGGUUUUACGCCCCAACCUCUUCCUGGUACAAAAGGUGACAUUGGUUUCGCCGGCGUUGAUGGAAUACCAGGUAAGUCUAAACUGCAUUGCUUUUAUGACUUUGUUUUGUAUUUUGACUAUAUUCUGAUCGUGAUUCUUUCUGCGUAUGGAUAAUCAACACCUACUAAUGUUUAGGUUUGAAUCCGCUGAACUUGAUCGUUUACUCAUAGAGCUUUCCUCGUCAUGCUAAGUACCUUUGGUGAAGGAAAUAAAAAGAUUAUGUUGUGAUUUGUAUUAUCUCGUCGCUGAUUAGACAGAACUGAUCGGUCCUUAUUGGCAUGUAGACUACUACGUGUAUGCCUCCAUAUUGUUUCUGUUUCUAUUGUAUAUUAUUGAUGGAUUGUGACUAACAGUGGAAUCUAGGACGCACAUCUCAUCCUUCUUGGGACUUUCUAGCUGAAUGUACCUGCCUUCCAGUAAGCGAUGAUGUUCCCACUAAUAUUCGAACCCUGGACCGGCCACUUAAAAC